ACCGCUCGAAGUUACCAUGUGCGCAGUGUUGUUACCCUGGCGCCAGUAGCCGCAGCCGACCCCACUAUUAGAGAAAAGCCCAUCGUUCUGCUCUCCAAUCCUCCCAGCCUCUCUCACUCGUCCGCCAUGGCCAAAUCCAUCUCUUCAUCAUUUCUCUUCACUCCAUCUCCUACAACACGAACCCUUCAACCGUUCUCCCACGUCCACCUCCAAUCCCCAAAAGCUUUCCGCCGCUCAACCUACUCUGCCAUCCCUCGAACCUCCUCCUCCCUCCCAAUUCGCGCCACCGUCGCGAUCGAGAAGGAGAGCCCAGAAAACGAGCGGCCCGACACAUUUCUCAGGGCCACUGAUGAUCCCCAUUCCUCCGUCAAUGCCUCUCAUAAUUCAGUGCGUGCGCGGUUUGAGAAGAUGAUAAGAGAAGCGCAGGACGAGGUGUGCGCCGCGAUCGAGGCUGAGGACGGAGUGGGAAAGUUUAAGGAGGACGUCUGGUCGAGAGCCGGCGGUGGCGGGGGAAUAAGCCGGGUGUUACAGGAAGGUGGAGUUUGGGAGAAGGCUGGCGUCAAUGUGUCGGUCGUGUAUGGGAUGAUGCCUCCCGAGGCGUAUAGGGCGGCGAAGGGUGGUGAUUCUUUGGAGAAGCCGGGGCCAGUGCCUUUCUUUGCGGCCGGGAUUAGUUCGGUUUUGCAUCCAAAAAAUCCUUUUGCUCCAACAUUACAUUUCAAUUAUCGUUAUUUUGAGACAGAUGCUCCAAAAGAUUCUCCUGGAGCACCUAGGCAGUGGUGGUUUGGUGGUGGCACUGAUUUGACUCCUGCAUAUAUAUUUGAGGAGGAUGUUAAGCAUUUCCAUCAGGUUCAGAAACAAGCAUGUGACAAGUUCGAUCCAAGUUUCUAUCCGAGAUUCAAAAAGUGGUGUGAUGAUUAUUUUCUCAUCAAGCACCGAGGUGAGAGACGAGGGCUUGGUGGGAUAUUUUUUGAUGACCUUAAUGACUAUGAUCAAGAAUUGCUUCUUGCCUUUGCUACAGAGUGUGCAAAGUCUGUUGUUCCGGCAUAUAUUCCCAUCAUAAAUCGGAGAAAAGAGAUGUCGUUUACCAAUCAACACAAGGAAUGGCAACAACUGCGUAGGGGACGAUAUGUCGAAUUCAACCUGGUCUAUGAUCGUGGCACGACAUUCGGGCUGAAGACAGGCGGUCGGAUUGAGAGUAUUCUUGUUUCCCUUCCCCUAACAGCUAGAUGGGAAUACGAUCAUGCACCUGAGGAAGGUAGUGAGGAAUGGAAGCUUCUAGAUGCUUGCAUCAAUGCGAAGGAUUGGAUUUGAUACUGAUCGUCUGUAAGUUUUGCGGUUGGCCUGUAAGUUUGAUUGUUGUAUCUGUUUCUU